AUGGCAUUGAUGAAUGGUCAUAAUGUUGCAGCAGGAGACACAUACAUAUGCAAACAUCCUCCGAUACAUGCUAUCAUUGGAGAAACAGAGUCUUCUACUACAGUGAUUCUGUCCAGAACUACAGGACCUUUUAAAAUUCCAGUGAUAAGUCACUCAGCCACAUGUGAAUGCCUCAGUAAUAGGAAAGAUUACCCCUUUUUCUUCAGGACUAUUGCUAGUGACUACCACCAGAGCAGAGCACUUGCAUACAUAGUCAAGCACUUAGGCUGGUCUUGGGUUGGAACUGUGAAUACUGAUAAUGACUAUGGAAACAAUGGCAUGGCAAUAUUUCUCAAUACAGCCCAGGAGGAGGGGAUUUGUGUGGAGUACUCUGUAGCUGAGGCUCUAAAAAAAGUUAAUUUCACUGUAAAGAUGGGAGAUAAUGUGUGGUUUGACAGCACUGGUGGCGUAAUAGCCCAAUACGAAGUCAUAAACUGGCAGCAGGACUCUGAUGGAUCAGUCCAGUUUAAACCAGUGGGAUACUAUGAUGCCUCACUGCCCCCUGACCAGCGCUUUUUGCUUAAUGCGGAAAACAUAAUCUGGGUUGGAGGACAGCUGGAGGUAAAUGGCACUAAAUUUGUGAAUCUGAGAGAUUUCAGAAGGGCACAGACCAUGACUUUUGCCAUUGAGGAGAUUAACCGAAGUGAAAGUUUGCUUCCAAAUGUUUCUAUUGGCUACAGAAUCUAUGAUACUUGUGGUUCAAGACUCUCUUCUAUGAGUGCAACUAUGGCAUUGAUGAAUGGUCAUAAUGUUGCAGCAGGAGACACAUACAUAUGCAAACAUCCUCCGAUACAUGCUAUCAUUGGAGAAACAGAGUCUUCUACUACAGUGAUUCUGUCCAGAACUACAGGACCUUUUAAAAUUCCAGUGAUAAGUCACUCAGCCACAUGUGAAUGCCUCAGUAAUAGGAAAGAUUACCCCUUUUUCUUCAGGACUAUUGCUAGUGACUACCACCAGAGCAGAGCACUUGCAUACAUAGUCAAGCACUUAGGCUGGUCUUGGGUUGGAACUGUGAAUACUGAUAAUGACUAUGGAAACAAUGGCAUGGCAAUAUUUCUCAAUACAGCCCAGGAGGAGGGGAUUUGUGUGGAGUACUCUGUAAAAUUCUACCGAACAGAGCCUGACAAACUCCAAAAAGUGGUAGAGACAAUUAAAAAAAGCACAGCAAAAGUGAUUGUUGCAUUUCUUACCAGUUACGAGAUGUACAACCUACUUGAACAUCUAAGUAUUCAAAACAUUACAGGUCUCCAGAUGAUUGGUGUGGAAGCAUGGAUAACAGCAAAGCGUUUGAUCACUCCAAACAGUUUUCAUGUACUGGGAGGGUCACUGGGUUUUGCGGUGAGAAAAAUUGAUAUUGAAGGUUUUGAAGAUUAUGUUACAAAAGUAUUCUGGGAAACAGCGUUUCCAUGCUUACACACUGAGGGAAAUUCUUCUCAAUAUGCAUUAAAUUGCAACAUAUAUCGGGAUCUGCUUGUGCUAAAAAACUUCAGUGAUGAUGUGCCUGAACAAAGAUAUGCAAGUAACGUCUACAACGCAGUUUAUGCUGUUGCUCAUUCAUUACACAGUCUACUCAAGUGCAAAGAAGGUUGUGAAAAAGAUCUGUUAAUACAACCACAGCAGGUAGCUGAGGCUCUAAAAAAAGUUAAUUUCACUGUAAAGAUGGGAGAUAAUGUGUGGUUUGACAGCACUGGUGGCGUAAUAGCCCAAUACGAAGUCAUAAACUGGCAGCAGGACUCUGAUGGAUCAGUCCAGUUUAAACCAGUGGGAUACUAUGAUGCCUCACUGCCCCCUGACCAGCGCUUUUUGCUUAAUGCGGAAAACAUAAUCUGGGUUGGAGGACAGCUGGAGAAGCCGAGGUCUCUGUGCAGUGAGAGCUGUCCUCCAGGCACUAGGAAGGCUACACAAAAAGGAAGACCUGUCUGCUGUUAUGACUGUAUUCCAUGUGCAGAAGGAGAAAUCAGUAAUGAGACAGGUAACCUACAGCCCAUCUCACAUUUCCAAAGAAAACUGCCAAGGUCUGUGUGCAGUGAGAGCUGUCCUCCAGGCACUAGGAAGGCUACACAAAAAGGAAGACCUGUCUGCUGUUAUGACUGUAUUCCAUGUGCAGAAGGAGAAAUCAGUAAUGAGACGGAUUCAAAUGACUGCAAGCAGUGUCCAGGGGAAUACUGGUCUAAUGCUGAGAAAAAUAAAUGUGUGUUAAAGGCUGUAGAGUUUCUCUCAUUCACAGAAGUUAUGGGUAUAGUGCUAGUCUUUUUCUCACUGUUUGGAGCAGGAUUAACUACCCUGAUGGCCAUCCUGUUUUACAGUAAGAAGGACACCCCCAUAGUAAAAGCCAACAACUCAGAGUUGAGCUUCCUGCUGCUCUUCUCAUUGUCUCUGUGUUUCCUCUGUUCACUUACUUUCAUUGGUCGGCCCACUGAGUGGUCCUGUAUGUUGCGUCACACAGCAUUUGGGAUCACUUUUGUCCUCUGUAUCUCCUGUGUUCUGGGGAAAACAAUAGUGGUGUUAAUGGCCUUCAAGGCUACACUUCCAGGAAGUAAUGUCAUGAAAUGGUUUGGGCCUGCACAACAACGACUCAGUGUUCUUGCCUUUACACUUAUACAGGUUCUUAUCUGUGUGCUUUGGCUAACAAUAUCUCCUCCUUUUCCCUACAAAAAUAUGAAAUAUUAUCAUGAAAAGAUCAUUCUUGAAUGUAGUCUGGGUUCUACUACAGGUUUCUCUGCUGUGCUGGGUUAUAUUGGCCUACUGGCUGUUUUGUGCUUUAUUUUAGCUUUUCUGGCUCGGACUCUGCCUGAUAAUUUCAAUGAAGCUAAAUUCAUCACAUUCAGUAUGCUCAUAUUCUGUGCUGUAUGGAUCACAUUUAUCCCAGCUUAUGUCAGUUCUCCUGGAAAAGUUACUGUAGCUGUGGAGAUAUUUGCCAUUUUAGCUUCAAGCUUCGGUUUACUAUUUUGCAUAUUUUCACCAAAAUGUUAUAUUAUGCUGUUUAAACCUGAACAAAAUACAAAACAACAUAUGAUGGGAAAGGUUCCAUCCAAGUCCUACUGA